AUGGCGCGGCGAACGGGCGGCUCGGCAGCGGACGAGCUGGCCAACGCCGCCGCCCGCGGGGACCUGCAGCGCCUAAGGGAGCUGCUGGACGGCGCGGUGGACCCCAACGCUGUCAACUCCUACGGCCGGACCCCCAUCCAGGUGAUGAUGCUGGGCAGCCCGCGGGUGGCCGAGCUGCUGCUGCAGCGCGGCGCCGACCCCAACCGCCCGGACCCGCGCACCGGCUGCCUCCCGGCGCACGACGCGGCCCGCGCCGGCUUCCUGGAGACGCUGGCGGCGCUGCACCGCGCCGGGGCGCGCCUCGACCUGCCCGACGGCAGCGGCCGCCUCCCCGUCGACGUGGCGGCGGGGGGCCCGCACGGACCCGUGGCCCGCUUCCUCCGCCACCCGCCGCCCCGUGCCUAGCCUCCUCCUCUGCCGCCCCCUGGCCUAAUUUAUUGCCCGUGUCCGCCUCGGGAAACACGAAGUCGAGCAGCACUCAUUUGCUGUAAAUAACCCCCGCAUCGCGCUUCCACACGGAUGAAGGACCGGCGGACAUGUCUUGUUUUGUACGCUACACUUUGCACGUGUCUGUACGUUAUCCUGCACUUGAAACUCCACAGCCCUCCACGCCUCCCCUUUCUCAUACUAGAGUCCCAACACUGUGAAGAGAAAUAAAUAUGAAGGAACUCUCUCGCACAGAGGUGGCACAAUAAACCCUUCAACCCUUCCUGUUUUGA